AUGGCAAUUAUUUAUAAUAAAAAAUUUAAUACACAUAAAUAUAAUUUAUAUUCUACUAAUGUAAAUAGGCAAAGAAUGAAAUGUAGAAUAUCUUGUAGGUCUUUUAUUUUUAUAUCAUUAAGUUUAUGUGUAAUUUCAUUAUUUUAUUUAUCCUCAUGGAAUGUACAUGAGGAGAAUAUAGUUCCAUCAACAAAAUAUGUUGAAAUAAUGACACGAAAUUUAUCUGAAAUUGAAAAUGAAAAUAAUAAUGAUAUGAAAAGAAAAAAUAAAAUGAACCCUUUGGAUAUAACAAUUCAGAGUCCUUCAAAUACAUAUAAUAAUGAAACAGUUACAUUAGAAAAUAAACCUUACAAUGAUAUUUCAAAGAGUUUAUCAGAAAAGGAAUUAUAUGAUGUUUUAAAUUCUUUAAAAGAAUGUCCAUCAAAUGAAGAUCUUAGAAAUAUAUGGGCUCAUACACUUGGUGUUGCCAAAGAAGGUUUGGAUGAUACAUUGAAAGUAUUAAAAUCAUUAAUACAAAAAUAUUUAGAUAAUGAUGUUUAUGAUGAGAGGAAAGAUUGGUUAUAUGACACUAUAUGGAAACAAAAUCUUUUUAGUCUUUGUGAAAAAAUAGCAACUGAAGAGCUAGAAUACAGUAUUAAAUUUUUUAGUUUAAUUAAUGACAAACAUACACUUGAUGAUAUAUUAAAAUUUAUUUAUUCGUUCUUAGAAUAUUUUAAGAUAUUCAAAAAAGAAUUACAUGAAAAAUAUCAAAGGGAACUUUUAGAAAAAAUAGCACAAGCCUUGCAUUUAAUGAAAAUUAAUUAUUUUAAAAUUUUUAAAUGA